CGCCGAAGUUUACAAAGAAUUAGAUUGAGGCGACUUAAAAAAACGUGAAAAAUGGAGUACGUGUGCCGCGUGUGCCUGGAUGGUUCCGCUCCUCUGGUGGACAUAUUCGCCGAAAUUUGCGAUCUCAGAUUGAACAUAUCUGAAAGCAGCCCCGCCUGUGUCAUCAGCAAGCUCGCACCUGAGCAUUCUGUGGUACGCGGGGACUCUAUGCCGCAGUUUAUUUGUCCCUACUGCAUUCAUGGAGUCCAGACUGCAUAUGGAUAUAAGUUGUUAUUGGACAAAAGCUUUGCAAAUUAUCAACAACGCUUGUUAUCAAACAAUGUUAUCAAUGAAGAAACGUACACCAUCGAAAGCAGCGAUGAAGAGGAGGAUCGCAUACGUGCAAGGGAAAUGCAUGCCAUUGAGGCGGUGCUCAAUAAUGCUAUGUUGCAAGAGACGGCGGACGAGGCGGUUGAAAAUGACAGCGAAGAAGAAGGCACUUACACAUUGAGGAAUUCUCUAAGGAACUUCGCUGAUGACCAGACUCGUCCGCAGAUGAGCGUUUCAAUGCUUACCCAUGCCAUUAACAAAAUGGAGCAGAUGCACAAGCUGGCCCAGGUGGCAAAAGCAGAGGCUCACAUGCACAACAAUUUACAAGCCAAUAAGAGGCAGAGUCGUCACUGUGGCAAGUUGCUGUUCCCUGAUGUGUGUGGCAAAGGAGUCAUGUCUGAGAGCCAUCUAAAUAGACGUGAAACCAGUCACAAGAACAAGCAGACGUCCGAACUCAACACGAAACCUCUUGGAAUUAGGAACACAAUUGAUCGUAGUCCGUUACCGAAAAAGAGGAAGCCAGAGUCGGUGGAGAGUGAUUUGGAAGUGCUUUCCAGCCAUGAUACCUCUAGUCGCUCAAGAAGUCCACCGUUGCCAAAGAUCAACGACCUUGACACUAAUAUCUCAAGUCACACCAAGAAGACCAAAUCAUUGUCAAAAAAUCUGAAUUUUCCGUGCCAGGAGUGCGGUAAAGUAUUUUCGUUGAAAAGAAGCCUGGAGAGACACGUUCGGUCUCACACUGGCGAACGUCCUUUCCAGUGCACGUAUUGCGUGAAGAAAUUUACUCGCAUGGAUAACCUGCUAAGGCACACUGGUGUCCACACUGGCGAGGGUCGUUACCAUUGCCCUCAAUGCAAAAAAAAUUGUAGGCUAAAGUCUGGGCCUCAGAGACACGUUUGUAAUAAUCAGGCGAGGGUGCUGCCAGAAGCUGGAGUUGCUGAAAAGAAAAGCGACUCACAAGUUAAGUUAAACUGAAGAAAAUAUGCCUGAAAAGCGUUCGGUCGUCCGUUUGCCUCGUGUAAAAUUUCCAUCGAAUCUUUACUUUUGUUCUUUUUAAUUUUUGGCUAAUUGACGAUGAAAAACCAUUUAUUUAGAAAACAUUGUAAG